AACCCGUUCACACCGGUGACGGGAUCCCACAUUUCCCCAAUCAAAUCCUUCCACCUCACCAUCUGUUCUCCACGUGUCUCCUCGUCUAUACAUCUUUCACCGACGCCGUCAUUACCCCCCUCGCCCCCCACUUUCCCUCCCGUCAACCGGUAAUAAAAAGCAAAGGAACCAAAAACCAUAAACAAAAAUACCCUAAUUCCCUCUCCGUUGAAACCCUUCGUUUUUUUUUUUUUUUUCAAAUUAUCGAAUUUUUUGGAUCUCCAUGGAGGAAGACGAAGAGAUCCAAUCGCACCCGUCCGCUGCAGGAACCGGAUCUCCAUCUGCGUCGUCACCGUCGCCGACGUCCAACGGUCGUAUAACCGUAACGGUAGCCGCCGGGCCUCCUUCCGAUCCACCACCUCCAGAAGAGCCGCUACAACAUGAAAACACGCUUACGCUGGCUCUUCCACCGCCGCAACAGCCGAAGAACAUUGGCGGCGGUGGAGGCGGAAGAGAAGACUGCUGGAGCGAAGGCGGUACAGCGGUUUUAAUCGACGCGUGGGGGGAGCGGUAUUUGGAGCUGAGCCGUGGGAACUUAAAGCAGAAGCAUUGGAAAGAAGUGGCGGAUAUCGUGAGUGGCAGAGAGGACUAUACAAAAACUCCGAAAACGGAUAUUCAGUGUAAGAAUCGAAUCGAUACGGUCAAGAAGAAGUAUAAGUUAGAGAAAGCUAAGAUUGCAGCUGGAGGUGGGCCGAGUAAGUGGGUCUUUUUUGAGAAAUUGGAUCAACUUAUAGGACCCACGGCGAAAUCCACGGCGAAGAUAUCUGUUAAUGCUGCGGCCGUGGGUGGUGGUAGUGGUGGAAGUGCUGGCUUGUUGUCUAAAGUACCCAUGGCGAUUCCAGUUGGGAUCCGGUCCAGUUUGAAUUCAUUUAGAGUUUCUCAGGUUCAGGAAAGACAACAACAACAGCAAAAGCAACCUAGGACGGUUGUAUUAAAGAAUCAGAAUAAGAUGCAGCUUAGGAAACGGGGUCCGGUGGAUAUGGAUUCCGAGGAGGAGGAGGAUGAUGAGGAGGAGGAGGAAGAAGCGGAUUCGUUGGAUAGUUUACCGCCACCUCCAACGGGGAAGAGGGCGAGGACUGUGGUUCACAAGGGUAUCAAUUCAGGGGGGAAAGGAAGAAAAUGGGGGAAUUCAGUUAGGGAAUUGACCCAGGCCAUAUUGAGGUUUGGGGAAGCGUAUGAGCACGCGGAGAGUGCGAAGCUGCAACAGGUGGUGGAGAUGGAGAAGCAGAGGAUGGAAUUUGCGAAGGAGCUGGAGUUGCAGAGGAUGCAGUUUUUCAUAAAGACCCAGAUGGAGAUUUCACAGUUGAAGCAUGGGAGAAGAGGUGGUGGAAUCUGGAAUUCUAGUAAUCAUCAUAGUAAAAUUAAUAAUAGUAGUAAUAAUAAUAACAACAACAACAACAAUAGUGAUAGUAGCAACUAAAUUCAGUAUGUUUGGAAUUGGAUUAGGGGUUAGAUUUUAUGUGUUUUCUUGGGUAAAGACCCUAGAUUUGUAUUGGAAUUGGUAGUUUUCGAGUGUAUUUCCAUGCUUUCUUUAUUGUACUUAAUUUAUCACAAUUUAACUUGAACCAAUGUUAAGAUAGUCACUAGAUGCUCAAUUAGAUUGUACCCAAAGAAGUUUCUCUUAAAUUCAUGUGAAUGUAGUUGGAUAUUGUCACAUCAAAUCUGUUGAUGGCUACAUUGCUUGUGUUUGGUGAACCACUUGAAACUUGAAAGGAUCAGUUUAAUACUUAUAAUUUCAGGUCUAUAUAUACUGUCACUCACAACUCUUAAGUUGCUUCCGAAUUCUGGUUGCAAGGCAUUGAAUCUUCUGGUACCAUCCGAGUAAAUCUGGAGUAAUAUAUGCUGGUUCAGACUUGGUUCAUAAAAGGAACACUUGAGAGAUUAGACAUAUUCAACAACUGUGGCAUUCUGUGCCCUUUCAUGCAGACAUUUUUGGCUUCAUAUUUUGAUAUCGCUGGCACUGCUUUCCUGGUUUGUUUGGUUUGUUAGUACACCAGAGGUUUUGGAAUUGGUUAACACAUUGGAUGCAGAGAUGUCUUAGUUGGAAGCAGCUCAAAGAACAUAUUCUCAGUUCAGCAGCACUUGGCUACGUCCCUUUACUAGUGCAUUUGCUGCUGGUUUUAACUCUGACACCGUAACUGAACUCCAACAAUUCGCAGAUGAUCUCCGUGCUCAUUCCUUGAAGUAAGAACUCUAGAAAUCCUUUUCAUUGAGAUACUGUAUCACUGUCUGUGUCUGUCUGCCUCCUCUUGAGUCGGCUAUUCUUCGCGUUAGCAUGGUGCCUACGAUUAAGUGGGCUUUGGUUGUGGGUAGGCACUAGUAUUCCUGCAGCUGUACGUCUCCUAUGGUAAAUGCCACCUUUUGCAGUGAUUUUGUACUGCCAUGUCACUAGAGGUGAGACAGGAAGUUGUUUCAUGAGUUUGGUGAGGCCUGGAAUGAAAGCAAUGAGUGCACAAAAAAAAGGAUAAAUUAAGCAUAAGCUUAGUCUUAGAAAGAGAUGAAGAUGAAGAUGAAGCUGGUCAUAGGAAAAGAGAACAUGGAUUAUUAGUUCUAGAUUUCACCCAAGAUUGGUUAAGCUUUUCAAUUGAUGAGAUGAUGAAAAUAAGCAAGUAUAGCUGGCUUCCAAUAUUGUCCCGGGAAUUUGAACUCUACCAUGCUUGACAAUUGUUUUCUUCAACGGCUAGAAACAGUCCAUUUGGUGGAGAAAAACAACUCUGUUGUUCAUCUAAAGCAGUGACCAUCUUUUGGUAAUGCUGAUGGAUAUAAA